CAGUGUGGCCAAGCCCCUUUAAAACAUUACGCAUAUCGGGGGCUGGCGUAUCUAUGGUGUCGUGAGGUAAUCUAUCCAUUCUCGACACUAUUCACCGGGUACAUGUGGUAAUCGUUGAAAGCGCAAAGUGAAAUUUGAGAAUACAAGAAAAUCAAUACGAGCGCGCACGAGUUGGUUUUAAACCGGGAAAUGUACAUGGAACAUCGCAGUCUUUUACCAAAGCUGAGUUGUUUGAAGCGAGUCUCGUGAAACAAUCUAAUACCAACCAAACUCAAAUCUGAACGACAAUGGAAUUUGUGUUCUCCUUAAGCCUGGAACCGUUGUGAUUUGCCUGGAUUUAAAAGCACAAGUUGCGGACAAAUUGGAUAAGACACCCCUAGGGAAGGGCACUGAACACUUGCACGAAAUUGCAGGUUGUGGAAUUAUACCUCUUUUAUAAGAAUUGAAGGUUUGGACUGGUGUACAUGGGGGACCAGCAAGUGGAAUUCUGGGAUGUUUGCAAUGUCAGCGAAGGAACAGUAGAACUUGUAUUUCUAUAGAUUGGUGCCAUAGGAGAGGUGUUUUUAACCAAACCAAGCUGCUGGGAGGUCAAGGGGUGACAUGCCUCUGUAACACAUUGUUGGAAACAAAUGAUUGGUUGCCAUGCCUCCGGGGAUGGUGCGACGUGGUUUCUCAGUCCCGGUGGCGGUCCCAGCCCCAGUACUGUUGCUGCUGCUAGCUGCCGGGUGGCCCUCCUAUGGCCUGGCCUGGGCCUCCUCCCCCUACCCCACCUUUACCCGCAACGACACCCUCUUUGAGCACAUGACACUGCACCCGGACCCUGCGGUGGGACGUGUCUACGUGGGGGCGCAGAACCGCCUCUUCCAGCUGGACCGCCACCUGACUGCCGAACUCCAGUUCGACACUGGACCCGUGACGGACAGCCGUGAGUGCCUGCCACCCAUCACCGAGGGCAACUGCCCACAGGCGCGGCCCACCAGCAACCACAACAAGCUCCUGCUGGUGGACCCCUACUCUAUGGAACUGAUCACAUGUGGCAGCGUCAACCAGGGCAUCUGCCAGAAGCGGAGUUUAGACUCUGUGGAUACAGUGCUGUUCUCAGCCGAGCGGCCUGUGGACACGCAGUACGUGGCAGCCAACCACCCCAACGUGAGCACGGUGGGCCUGGUGGUGCGCUCCCGCCCUGACCGCCAGCCCGUGCUCUUUGUGGGCCGCGGCUACACCAGCAGCCACCCACCUAUCUCCACGCGCAACCUAGCCCAGGAGCCCGUCUUUUCCUACGAAGAAACUGCAAAGCUAUCGGUGGCGGGCCGCCUCUCGGAGUAUGACCACCACUUCGUGGCCUCCUUUGCCCAGCGCCAGCAUGUCUACUUCCUCUUCUACCGGCGUGACCUCAAGUCCCAGUCUCGCGAGUACCGCACCUACGUGUCGCGCGUCUGUCUGGAUGACCAGGCCUACUACUCGUAUGUGGAAGUUCCUCUGGCCUGUCGCUCGGCGGCCGGUAAGAGCUACAACCUGCUCCAGGCUGUCCGCCUUGGUCUACCACCCAGGGAGAGUGGGGGCGAAGCUGGGCAAGCCGAGGUGCUCCUGGGGGUGUUCUCUACCCAUCAGACCUCGUCCACACGGCCCAGUGAGGACUCGGCUCUCUGCAUGUUUAACCUGGACGAUCUGGACCAGAGGAUCAACUCCACCAGGGACCUGUGCUACACGCAGUUCGGCCGUGCCGAGGGAGGGGAGGAGGCGGCCUACAUCGAGUACGAAGUCAAAUCCAACUGCGCCAACCUGCCGUCUAACACCCUGGAUGCCUACCCAUGUGGGUCAGACCACACCCCCAGUCCAAUGGCCAGCCGGGUGGCUGUGGAAGCCGAGCCCAUAUUGGACAGCCCGUCCGCCCGUCUCACUGCCGUGGCCGUCAGCGUGAGGGCGGGACAUACAAUCGCCUUCCUGGGGGAUUCAAAGGGAAACCUGCGCAAGGUGUUUCUGGGCCCUAACGGUGAGGUGGAGGAGUACGCCGUCGUCUCCAUCCAGGCCAAUGCGGCCAUCAGCUCUGACCUGCUCCUGGAUCAGUCUGAGGAGCACCUUUUCAUCAUGACGUCCACCAUGCUCCAGAAGAGGCCCGUGGCUGAGUGCCACGAACACCUGGACUGCCAAGCCUGUCUGUCUGCCCACGACCCCUACUGUGGAUGGUGUGUCCUGGAGGGGAGGUGUGGCCAGCAGGCUCAGUGUUCACGCGGGGCCCAGGCAGGCCAGUGGCUGUGGAGCUUCGACAUGGAGCAGAAGUGUCUCACCAUCCAGUCCCUCAGCCCCUCCAACAUCAGCCGGCAAGAGAAGAGAAGUAUCUCUCUAUCAGUCCUGGGCCUGGCCGUCCUAGAAGAGGACAAGUCGUACUGCUGUUUCUUUCACGACUCUGAGAGUCCUGCCACAGUCACAGACAUGGGGGUCACCUGCCUCUCCCCUGACCCCCACAGGGUGCUGACUGGGCCCCCUGGACAAGAUUUUGUCACGGUCACCCUGUCCUUGCGCUUCGGUAACGUCAUCGUCACGGCGACAGAGUUCACCUUCUACGACUGUACUGCCGCCAAGCAGCUGUCUGGGAGCGUGCCUUGCCGUGGUUGUGUGUUGAGUCGCUGGGGCUGCAACUGGUGUGUGCACCAGCAUACCUGUACCCACAAGCCUGCCUGUGACGAGGGGGUUAUCAUCUAUAACGAACACUUCAAACUCCCCACCCCGGCUCCUCCCACAACCAAAGCCGUUACUAUAACAACGACUUCCCCGUCCACAACAGUGUGCCCAACAACCGUACCCUCGACAACUACAACAACAACCCCAACAACUACAAUAACAGCACCCCCUACAACUACCACAACAACUAUCGCCACGACUACAUCAAUCAAAGCCCCUACCACCAUAGCUACCGCCCAUGAGCCUACGACAACAACCCUGUCUACAACCACCACACCGGAGCCGACUACACCGCCCAACCCUUCUAUGCCGACCGAGGCCACCACAACUGCUAUGCUGACCGAGGCCCCCACCAUUCUUCCCCCUACAACGUUAGCCGAAGCUACAACGUCCAUACCUGAGACCACCACUAGUGAGGAAGAGGAGCAAACAACCGCAGAAGAGCUCGUUGCAGAGGCUGAAAGUGAAACUGUAGGCCCCGUGGUUACCCCUGGCAACGUGGAGCUUGCCGCGAAAACUGAUGUGGCGACGGUUGUGACCGAAGACGGGCAGUCAUCCGAUGAUCUCGCCACUCUAAUCCCCCUGGCGUUCCCGCCCGAGACAUCCCCAUUGGAAGUGGUUACUGCACCCCCCCCCCAGGAACUGGACAAGGCUCUGAGUCUGGCGGAGCCCCCCAUGGAGGUCCAGCCCACACCCGUCAGCUACCCUCUCCCAGCCCCCUUCCCCCUGGGGGAACCGGUCGACUCAGAUCUCACCUUCCACCUGGACCUGACAGAGGCCCCCUCCCCACUCCCGCUAGACCACCUCCACCCCAUCGACACCGAGGGCCAGGGUACCGAGCCGGAAGUGCUUCUCUGGCCCAGGGAGGAAGUGGAGGAGGAAGUGGAGGACACGGCGGUAGAGAACGACACAUCCACCGCGUUUUCGGCCGCCAGCAUGCUGUCAGGAGACGGAGAGGCCGCUGACCACUUCCUUUCGGGCUCGGCCUACCCCCAGCUCCUGGACGCCGACUCAGAGCUGGACUACCAGUAUGACUCAUCCGACACCUUCCUGCCGGGGGACGAGGGCUCCUAUGUGAGUUGGGGCUCGUCUGCUUGCCCCUGUGUGGAGAAGGUCCAGGGUUCUCAUCUGUUACCAGUCAGAGUGGCGAGGAAGAUCACACUACUCGCCAGAAACCUCCACCUGUACCAGGACACAGACCUGGACUACGAGUGUGUGUUGGUGAUCGAGGGGCAGACGGUGGUGGUAGAUGCCUAUGUAGAAAUGGAUGAGAUUAACCCGUCUCUCUUUGACAUCACCUGUCAGCUGCACCAGUAUUCCUACUCUGCUCCAGUGGAUGAGUACAACGCCAUGGUGUACGUAAAGAGGCGGGACACAUUCCACGUGGACAGCUCUCAUGACCUGUACGUGACUCUGUACAACUGUUCGGUGGGGCGUUCUGACUGUAGCCGGUGUCACACGGCGGACCAGAAGUAUGGCUGUGUGUGGUGUGGAGGGGACCAGUCCACCUGUCUGUACGGAGACUCCUGCAGCGAGCCCAUCGAACAGACCUGCCCCGCCCCCGUCAUCCAUGCUAUUGAGCCCCUGUCUGGACUGGUGGAGGGGGGAACUGUGCUGACCAUCUCAGGGUCCAACCUGGGCCAGAAGGCUGAAGACAUCCUGCACUCUGUCAAUGUGGCCGGGGUUUCCUGCUCUGUCAUCCCCCACCUCUACGAGGUCUCCUCCAGGAUUGUGUGUAAGACCAAAGCCAGCGGGGGAGAGAAGACGGGCCAAGUGUCAGUAGAAGUGAGCGGGGGAGAGUUUGGCCUCUCCAGCCAGAGGUUCAGCUACCAGGAUCCGUUUGUGAUGGAGGUGUCCCCCCAGAGGGGUCCCAAGGCGGGAGGCACGUCCCUGACCAUCACUGGGAGGAACCUGCUCACGGGACGCCCCUCUGACAUCACUGUCACCGUGGGAGGAGUGCAAUGUGUCAUUUUAUCAGAGGCCCAGGAUGACAGUGUGGUGUGUGUGACGGGCAGCAGCAACAGGACGGGCGAUCACCGCGUGACGCUUCACUAUGGCAACAGCCAGCGCCACCUUCACGAGUCGGCCUACCGCUUCACCCCCAACCCCAACAUCACACAGGCCGCGCCCGCCAAGAGCUUCCUCAGCGGUGGCCGUCUGAUCUUCGUGUCGGGUCACAACCUGGAUGUGGUACAGCAGCCUAACAUGUUGGUCACUGUGUUCCCCUGGGAGUCCAUCCCCCAGAGGAGAAGGAGGAGGAGGAGUGGAGGAGAAAGAGAGCAUGAGACUGAGGACAAGGUGCUGUGGAGGCAUCGCAGGAUCGUACCGGAGCCCAACUGCCCUGGGGACCCAGUCUGCUCCAUCAUACAGUACAUGGAGCGUUGCGAGGUCAACUCGUCCAGUCUGAUCCUGUGCCGGAGCCCAGCAGUGGAGCCCUCUGUGUGGGGCUCGCAGGUGGACGUGGCCUUCCUACUGGACAACCUGCGCUUCCCGUUUGGUACCGUCAGCCCCCAGGGGGCCUUCAGCUACGAGCCUAACCCCGUGCUGCACCCGCUCAACCAGCAGGAGCCCCUCAAGCCCUACCGCUACAACCCAGGAAGCUUUAUUCAGCUGGAGGGUGAGAACUUGGACCUGGCCAUCUCUAAAGAGGAGGUGGUGGUGUUGGUGGGGGAGGGGGUGUGUGCUGUGAAGACCCUGACCAGGAACCACCUGUACUGCGAGCCCCCACCCCAGCAGCCCUUCCCGGGACCCCCCAACAGCGGAAGGAAACGCGAGGGUGCCGACACGCUUCCCGAGUUCACCGUCCACAUGGGCAACCUGAACUUCUCCCUGGGUACGGUGCAGUACGACAUCCUCAGCCUGUCCACCUUCCCCCUGGAGGCCCAGGUAGGGGUGGGCAUGGGGGCCUCCAUCCUAGCCCUCAUCGUCCUCAUCAUAGUGCUCAUCUACAGGAGGAAGAGUAAACAGGCUCUGAGGGACUACAAGAAGGUUCAGAUCCAACUGGAGAACCUGGAGACCAGUGUGAGAGACCGCUGCAAGAAGGAGUUCACAGACCUGAUGACGGAGAUGAUGGACAUGUCCAGUGACCUGGUGGGCUCGGGCAUCCCCUUCCUGGACUACCAGCGCUAUGCCGAGCGGAUCUUCUUCCCGGGCCACCGCGAGUCGCCCCUGCGGAGGGAUCUGGACGUGCAGGAGAGUCGGCGGGCCACAGUGGAGCAGGGCCUGGUGCAGCUUUCUAACCUGCUCAACAGCAAACUCUUCCUCACCAAGUUCAUCCAUACCCUAGAGAGCCAGCGGACGUUCUCGCCAAGGGACCGGGCCUACGUGGCCUCUCUCCUGACUGUGGCGCUGCAUGGUAAACUGGAGUACUUCACAGACAUCCUCAAGACCCUGCUCAAUGACCUGGUGGAGCAGUACGUGGUCAAGAACCCUAAACUCAUGCUGCGGAGAACGGAGACAGUGGUGGAGAAGCUGCUGACCAACUGGAUGUCCAUCAGCCUCUAUGCUUUCCUCAGGGACUCUGCAGGCGAGUCUCUCUACAUGUUGUUCAGGGCUAUCAAGCACCAGGUGGACAAGGGGCCGGUGGACGCGGUGACUGGCAAGGCCAAAUACACGCUCAACGACAACCGUCUCCUCCGAGAGGAUGUUGAGUACAAGACCCUGACCCUGAACGUGUUGAUGCAGGGCGAGGGGGUGAAUGAGACGCAGCCGCUUCCCUCCAAGGUGCUGGAUAUAGACACCAUCACCCAGGUGAAGGAGAAACUCCUGGACCAGGUCUACAAGGGCACCUCCUUCUCCCACCGGCCACACACAGACUCUCUGGACCUGGAGUGGAGGUCUGGUGUAGCAGGUCAUCUGAUCCUGUCUGAUGAAGACCUGACGUCUAUUGUCCAGGGCAAUUGGAAACGCCUCAACACACUCCAACACUACAAGGUUGCAGAUGGCGCGACAGUGGCUUUGGUCACGCGCCACAGCAAACACAUCCACCACGACAACCACGACUACGUGGCAGGUGAAAAGACUCCCAUGCUGGAGGAUGCAGACGAGGGCGGGGUGAGGCUGUGGCACCUGGUCAAAGCCGGCGAAGAGCCUGAGCUACCCAAGCACCGCCGCGGCAGCGUGAGGGAGAGGGCCAAGGCAAUACCAGAGAUCUACCUCACACGUCUGCUCUCCAUGAAGGGCACUCUGCAGAAGUUUGUGGACGACCUGUUCACGGUGAUCCUGUCCACCAGUCGUCCCGUUCCGCUGGCCGUCAAGUACUUCUUUGACCUGCUGGACGACCAGGCGCAGCACCACGCCAUCACCGACCCUGAGACUAUCCACAUCUGGAAGACCAACAGUUUGCCCCUGAGGUUCUGGAUCAACAUUGUAAAGAACCCCCAGUUUAUCUUUGACGUCCAGCCCUCGGACCACGUGGACGCCGUGCUAACGGUCAUCUCCCAGACCUUCAUGGACUCUUGCACCACCUCAGAGCAUAAACUGGGCAGGGAUUCACCAAUAAACAAACUGCUUUAUGCCAGAGAUAUCCCCCGUUACAAGCAGAUGGUGGAAAGGUACUACGCUGACAUCAGACAGACCAUCUCUGCCAGUGACCAGGAGAUGAACUCCGCACUAGCAGAACUAUCCAGGAAUUACUCAGGCGAGUUGAAUUACCUUGUUGCCCUGCACGAGUUGUACAAGUACAUCAACAAGUACUAUGACCAGAUCAUCGGGGCCCUAGAAGAGGACAGCACGGCCCAAAAGAUGCAGCUGGGCUACCGGCUCCAGCAGAUCGCUGCAGCCGUAGAGAACAAAGUCACUGACUUGUGACAGUGAAACCACUGACCAAGACCACGCCGGCAGAGGGGACCACAUUAAGAGACCCACAGGAGUGGGGGAGGGAAACUCAAGAGGGGGUGGGUUAGGAGGAUGGACAGACCGGACCAAUAGACAGAUUAACAUAAUCCCCCUCCUGUCAGAAGAGGCGAAGUAUGGUUCUAGGGGUAAGGACCCCAAACACCCCACCCCUUUUCCACAUUAAGGAGCAAUGAGUGACUGUUCACACACAACAGUCACCCAGGGGUUUGAAAAGGGGAUGUGGUGUAUUGGGCUGCUGAACACAUGAAACUCUCUAGAGGUGGUGGUAGACUCUCCACUGUGGACAAGACAGGAGGGAAAGGUAAAGGGAGACACAAACACAAACAGACGAGGAGCCUUUGUUUGUAUGUCCCACCCGUUCACCCUUCAGCCCUGAGUUGGACCACGUUGUGGCAUCUGCCUCUCUUGUAGAACUCUCUGUGGAACUAGAAGAAGGGGCUUGGGAGAUCCAGACGUGACAUGAUGUGUCAAUGGAAACGUGCUGAAGUCUCAUAUGAAUGAAUGAAAGGAAGUCUUAUGUCUAUCAAAAUGCUGGUUGUAGCUAGAUGGAGAGCAAGUGUGAGCGAGAGUUGGAAGGGACCAUUCUGGUCCCCCCCCCCCCCCCCCCCAAUUCAAGACACAACAUCCCUUUCCACAUGAAAUGUGGAGUGAAAAGUUUUAUUAGCAUUUAAUAAACAUUCUCUAGAUAUUAUAUUGUCACCAAUUAAUGCAGUUGCAUACAGUACCUUUCCUAGGGGCUUGAGUCUUAUAAGUUAUCGGCACUCUCUACCUCCUUUUACUUACCUGAAAACUCAAGUUACCCUCUUAUUUCUUUAACCCUGAAGCUUUUUCUUGUGUUUUGCGGUUUGUCUGCUAGGUUAAACCAGAUUGGUCUCUCCCUCUGUCAAAACAGUAGCUUUGUUCCAUAUCCGUCCAAAUCAUAAGUACACGUAGUAUCUUUCGGAGUAGUGGACAGUUGACACACACACACACACACACACACACACACACACACACACACACACACACACACACAGUUCACUCUAGCAUGACACUCUUGAGACGACUUCUCCUUUUUAAUGUUUUUUUAAAUGUGUAAUUAUUGCCAUUGCGCUUUUUCAGGUAGCUCCCGAGUCCAUACAAAUCUGUGUUCCUCUUUAUGGUAUUGAAUGGGAGGAAGAUGUUAAUAUCAGAGUUGAAAUGAACAGCUCUCGGAAAGAGGCUACAGCUCGCUCUCUGCAGGACUAAAGAAAGAAUGAUACUGAAAGCAAAGAAGCAGUCUUUUCAAAAGGUACUGGAAAUAGGUGACCGUGUGAAUGUUUUGAUGUUUUUAAAGGGUAACAGUCACUGGAGGGACACUAGAUCAGAGAUUAAACAAAUAAAUCUCAACUGUAGAAUUGUAUAUAUUUAAAACAUGUGUCCCACAGUAUUUUAUGGUGUACGUUCAUACAGCUUUCCGUGUUGUACAUUUUUAACAUUCCUUUUUUUUUCAACCAAGAAAAGUCUAUUGAAUCAUGUUCUCAGUUUGUGCUGUUGUGAGGUAGCCUAUUUAUCUGACAAUUGGCAACUGCACCGUUGAUAUGUGUAUUGCAGUUCCUCUAUUGAACACAAGAUGGCGACAGCUCCUACGUUUGUUGAACACUGCUGUAUUAACUGUCCAUUAAGUUUCACAGAAGAUACUUUGACCUAGUCACAUUUUGCAACGUUUGAUUAAGUAUUAGAAUUAUAACUACAUUGCCAUUUCUGAACUUUACCGAAACUCGUUUUCUUAUGAUUUACCCAUGGGUUGUGUUAUUCAUAAUUUGCUCACCUCUGCAUUCUCUAUUAUACUAUAGCGUCAUUUUCUAACAGCACCCUAGUCCCUAUAUAUAGUGCACUACUUUUGACUAGAGCCUUAUGUAGGAAAUGGGGUGCCAUUUGGGACGGUACCCUAGACUAAUCAUUCUAUCCCACAGAGCUUGAUGGUUUGAAGUUGUGAUUAGAUAUUUUGGUAAAGCUAUGUACCAAGAAUGUUAUCACACGAAUUGGAGGUGUUGCAUGUAUGUUAACGACACAUAACUGAUGUUAGACUUAUGGAUGAAGACAUUUGACACUACCCAUGUGGUAGGCUAUAUCUUUAUAUGCGGGUGCACUGUUGGCUUUCUAGUGAGUAGUGACCAAUAAGAGGCUGACAAUGAGUCAGCAGAUUGGUCAUUUAACUGUAAAACCCAAUCAAAUUAUCAGUUUUGUCCUCCUAUUUUGAUGAGAUGAAAGUGUAUGUAGUUUAUGCGUUGCAUGCUGUUGUGUGGGUUCUCCAGUUUGAUGCAUUUUCCUGUUCACCGCCAUUGUCCCUAGAUUGCACAGCAUAAACGAGUCAUAGUAGCUUAUUGGUUAUCACACUAUUUUUCAAUGGACAAUUUGUUAUGUCAUAUGCUUUCAAUGCAGACUAGUAUUUUGUAUGAAGCCUAAUAAUGGCGAAGAGAGCAGGUGAUGGUCAUUUGAAGGAAAACUAUUGUUAGGCUGUAUAAAUUCAGCUAUGUAGAGCAGGCUCUGCAAGGAGCACUUUUUAAGGUUGAUUUUUAUUUUGUCUUAAUAUAGUUGUACAUAAUGAUUGAAUAAUGUAACUUGUAGCGACUUAACCUGCUGUUUAUUUAGUGUACAUUCCUACAUAUGUUGAGGUAAUAAAGUAUUUGUAAAAUCA